UUCAAGAAACUAGGGUUCCUCAUUAUCUCCAACAAUCAAUCAAUCAAUCUUUUUUGCAGAGAUGUCGACGACGACGAUGAAGAUGAUCAUGCUCAAGAGUUCCGAUGGCGAAACAUUCGAGGUUGAAGAAUCUGUAGCUUUGGAAUCUCAAACCAUUAAACAUAUGAUCGAAGACGACUGCGCUGAUACCGUCAUUCCUCUUCCUAACGUCACAAGCAAGAUCAUGGCUAAGGUGAUUGAAUACUGUAAGAAGCAUGUCGAAUCUCCCAAAUCCGAUGACAAAUCUGUCGAAGAAGAUCUUAAAACCUUCGAUGCUGAUUUCGUUAAAGUAGAUCAGGGCACUCUCUUUGACCUCAUCUUGGCAGCAAAUUACCUGAACAUCAAGAGCUUGUUGGAUUUGACAUGCCAGACAGUGGCUGAUAUGAUAAAAGGGAAGACUCCAGAGGAGAUUAGGAAGACGUUUAAUAUCAAGAAUGAUUUUACUCCAGAGGAAGAAGAUGAAGUUCGCAGAGAGAAUGCAUGGGCAUUUGAAUGAAUGAUAUAUUAUUCAUUCAUAUCUCCUUUCUCAAUAUUAGUACUACUAGUAAGUUAGUAAAUGUUUGCUUUUGAUAACCUGUUUUGAACAUCUUUUACCCAGAAAGAGAUCAUGAUGAUGAUGAUGGGGGUUGGAUUAUGAAUGAAUGAAUGAAUGCUAUUAUCUGGUUCUGAUUUCUUCUGUUCUAGCAA